AUGCAAAAGCUAAACGUACUGAUAAGGAGAGCGUACAAAAACGCGCUGGGGCUACCAGAGCGUACGGCGACCGAGAAACUGCUUAAACUUGGGGUGCAUAACACCAUAGAAGAACUUCAUGAAGCUCAACUAGUGUCACAGCUGAAGCGACUCUCUUCCACAGUGAAUGGAGCGUGGCUUCUGGACAAACUGGGAAUGGCAGUACCCGGCGGUUCUCACGGGCCCGGAGACGCGGGGGAAGAGCUGCCGGCUGAGACCCGGCAGAGAUUCACGAUCAGUAGAAUCCCCCGCAACAUGCACCCGGAUAGGAAUGCGGAACGGAGACAAGCGCGAGCGGUGGCCCUAGCGCGUUCCUGGGACAGCAGAGAGGGAACCCUGUACGUGGAUGGGGCCGGUCCGGUGCUGGGGGUGGCUGCAAUAGCGGUGGCCAAUGCGCAAGGGCAGAUCAGACGCGUCGCCUCCAUACGAGCGCAGACGGUUGAACAAGUGGAGGAGGCGGCCAUAGCAUUGGCGGCGGUUUGCAAUCCUCGUGCGACGAUAAUUUCGGAUUCACAAAGAGCUUGUCAAAACUUUGCGCGAGGGGUCGUGGGUCAACCAGCUCUAAGGCUCCUCCGCAAAACCGCAGUAGAGGGAGUACAUCUGAUCUGGACCCCCGGCCAUAUGGGGCAAGUCGGAAACGAGGCGGCGAAUGCUGCGGCCCGAGGUGCGUUAUACCGGGACUCGGUUCUGCUCCAGAGGGAUCUGGACAGUGCGCUCACUUACAGUGAGGCCUUAAAGGCUCUACGAACACAUAGGGCAGAAUAUCCUGGGCCGGCCAAAGGUCUCAGCAAAGAAGAAGAGUUCACGUGGAGACGACUUCAGACGGACACGUUCGUCACACCGAUCCAGCUACAUCUGUGGUACCCAGAGCGGUACGCCACGGCGGACUGUCCCUUCUGUGGUGAGCCCUGGGUGGGCGUUUAUCACGUUGUCUGGGCAUGCAAGAACCUCCCAGGACUGGCUCCAGUCGAGGAGCCCAAACUCGAGGAGUGGGAAGCGGGACUCAAGUACGCGACGGCUAGCGAGCAGAGGCUGCUCGUGGCCCGAGCACUCCGAGUUCACUCCGCACUUGGAGCCCCGGAAUAGGGGCACACAACCACUCUCUCCUUUUUCUUCCCCUUUCUCCCCUUCCCUUUCCUAAAUCUUUCAACUCAAUAAAGUUUUUC